AUGGUCAGCCAUUCCUGUUUUCCUAUUUUCUUCCUCCUGUUUGCCGCAUUCUUUGUUACGGAGGUCCAUUCCCAUUACGAAUUUACAAACGUAAAGUGUGAGUGCGUGAAUAAGGAUUUUUGCGAAAUCGCGCAUUGUUAUUUAAAAUCUGUGAACCGGACCUAUAAAUAUAUUUCUGCAAGAGCCAAACUGCUAAGGCCUCCUGUCACAAAAAUGAAGCUGAACUUUGCUCUCUAUCAACGUCUGAAUGGCUAUAAACCUUUCCUCUACAAUAUUACCAUAGACGCGUGCAAAUUCUUUAAAUCUCCUACUUACAAUGCCGUGGCAAAUUACUUCUUUAGUUUCAUUCAAGAAUUCACCAAUCUAAACCACUCUUGUCCCUUUAACCAUGAUCUUAUUUUGGACAAAAUGACUGCUGAGAGUGUCUUUCACCGAGUCACCAAAAUUCUGUCUUUUCCGAAGGGAAGCUACAUGUUUCAAAUACAUUUUUUGUCUAAUGACAUUAUCCGAAUUAUAGGUCAAUUGUAUGGGACACUUUCUUAA